AGAUCUGGUAAAAUCAGUGAUAUUUCAUAUAGCAUUGACUGAAAUAAGUGUAGUGUUGUGUGUUAGAAAGUAGUUACGCAUUUUGUUUCCCAAAGAACUCAAUAGUCACCUUUUUGAAGUUUGCAAAGGACUGCAGAGUAAAAUGUGCAUUAAAAUAUUGUUAAUGUUUUUUUUUUUUAUCUGUAUUUUGCCUUUUCUUUCAGAACUGAGUGGUUCCUUCUGUGUUACAUUCUGCCAAUUGUCCAGUCAUACACAAAUUAAGUAUAUGCCUGGCCAAGUAAGGAAGGCUUACAAGAGUUGUUUAAAAAAGAAAAAAGGCAUUAAUACCCAGAGACUGAAGGAAUUCUGAGUUGUUUUUUUGUUUUUGUUUUUUAAUUUUUUUUUGUAAUUUUUAAGCAGAUUAGGUGGGAAAUGUAAUUUUUUCUGAUGUUUUCAGUGAUUCCUGAGUUCUCCAAUGUUGCAUGCUAUAUGUAUAGUGAGAACAAACAGAAAGACAUACAAAAAGAAGGCAAAAAAGAUUGGAAUAAACUAAAUUUAAAUGACCUGUGAAGAAAAGAGAGCCAUGAAUGAGUGGCAGCCCAGUGGAAGGUGUCCAUUCUUCCAGAGGACUCUCCUCAGCAUGACUUUGUCAGAAGUUUGAUGCAUCAUUGAUUUUUAUUGGUAUAUCAUUGGCCAGUCCUAUACAGUUUUAAGAUAAACACAAAUCCCCUGUGGACAUAAUACAAACUUUUCAGAAGAAAAGUCAGUUUAGGACCAUUGCUCCAAAAAUGGUGCCAAAAGUUUUAACAUCUGGAAUGGUUUCUUGUCUUCAGUCAUCUUUGCCUGAACAACGUACAACGAUUUCAGCAGCAGGUUCUAAACCACUGGUGGUACCAACUCAAAACUAUGCCAUCAUGCAGGUUGCUGGGCAUCAGGGUAGUUUUUCUCUUUUGGCCUUGCCAUACAUUACCCCUGCCGUGAUACAGCCAAGCCAGCCAACAAACGUGGCCCAUUCUGAAAACCAAAAGUUGCCUAUCCCUCGCUACCAGUCUGUGAGAAACAAAUUGCUUUGUGACAAUAAAACAAGCCAGGCCUCUGUUUUGAAUACACAGAGCAAGGUAUCUACCAAAGGACAUAUCUCAUUGCAGACUUCCCCCGUGACUACCUUAGCUGAAGACUGUCCAAAAACUCAUUCUAGCUCAGAUUCAUCUGAGCCAGUGAUGCUAGCAGACCAUAAUUCAUCUGAAAUGAUGGUUUCUACAUUACAAAGAAAGAACACUUGUGUGGAAUCUGGAUCUCCUUCAGUGAACAAAAUAAAAACUGCUAUCAGUAAUGUUUCUGGACCAUCUAUAGUUAAGGAGUCUUUAAGCAAGCCAGAAAAUUCAAGUAAUCCUGUGAAAUUCAACCUUGACUCUGUGAAGACAGCAUCUGCAACCACAAAAGAGUCAGUCAUUAUGUCAGAGAAGCUAAAGGGAGCACCCACAAAUUCUGCAAAUUCUGUUUCUGUCCUGUCACCAGCAGUUUUUGGCAGUACAGUACAGAUGGCUCCACCAGCACCAACGGGAAAACUUCCUAUUUUGCCUUACUCAAGAAUGAAAAAUUCAGCGUUUUGUAAAUCACAAAGUACUAACGUAAAGGAUACCUCCGGUAUUUCACCGAGACCUGAAUGUGAAAAGACGCCAGCUUUGGUGAAAACCUUUCACGCCCCUGCUGAAGCAUCUGAUAAACAAUUGGCUGCAUCUUUGACUCAAGCCCCCAAACAAACCGUUCCGGAAAAUACUUUCUCUCCAUCCAAUAAAGUGGAUGUUGACAGCCUUAAAAAGUUGAAUGGUGCACCCUCUAAAAGGAUAGGCAGGAAGAGAAGAGUCCAAGAUGAUUUAUUGGCUUUUCAGGCCAAGCGAAGGAAAUGCAUCGUUAAUAAAUUCAGAGAAGUAAGAGAGAGGGUGAAAGCUGAUCUUCAGCCACCUGAAGACAAAAAAGCAGAGGCAGUGAAAAAAUACCGUAAUAUUAGACCCAAACCAGUGGUAGUUGUGCAGGCAAUUGCACCGCUGCCUUCUACGGCACUGGUGGAGGAAAGGUCUCCUGACCAUUCAGACAUAGGUGUUUUUUUAAACAGUUCACUUGCCAGUAAAUAUUCAAGUUAUAAAUAUAACGAUACCACAUCAGCUACAUCAAUUGAUGUGGGUAGAAAUGUGUGCUCAGCUGUACCCAAGCCAUGGCAUAGGUGUCAUGUAUGUAACCAUAAGUUCCAGUUCAAACACCAUCUUCAGGACCAUAUGAAUGCACACACAAACAAACGACCCUACACUUGUCGAAUUUGCCGGAAGGCUUACAUUCAUUCUGGAAGCCUGAGCACGCAUAUGAAACUUCAUCACAACGAAGGCAAGCCCAAAAAGUUUGUGUGUUGUGAAUUCUGUGCUAAGAUUUUUGGCCAUGCAAAAGUAUACUUUGGUCACCUAAGGGAAGUGCACAGGGUUGUUAUUAGCACAGAGCCCUCUGGUAGUGAGCAACAGAUGCAAGAUGCGUUGAGGAACAGGGACACGAAUAUAAAAGAGGCAGAAGAAGCAACAGAAAGGGGAAGUAGAUGCGAUUUUGAAGAUCUAUUCCAUAAUCCAGGAGAAGUUAAAUUACAGAUCAGAUGUGGUCAGUGUCAGUUCAUUGCACAGUCUUUUGGUGAAAUGAAGUUUCACUUGUUAUGCUCUCAUGGAGAAGAGAUCCAGGGAAGAGUAAAGGAAGGAGCUCUGCAAGGAAAUAGAGGAACUAGGGGAGAACUUAUCAAACAUGCAGCUCAUUUCUGGAAACAGCGCAGUGAAAGAAGACUCUUGGCAAAAUGCAGUGACAACGAGGAGGAGUUGUAUACUUUUCCAAAACUGAAAAGACAGAUAUACCUUCACCAUCAAAGUAAUGUUGAUACAUUAACUAAAAGUGAAAUGACUCAGUCAGGAAGCAGUGAAGCAGACAAGGGGAUGCAAAAUGUAGGUUGUGGGGCGCCAAGCAAAAAGAUUGAAUUUUGGUCUAAAGCUGGAUAUAACUGCAUUUUAUGCAAGCAGUUAUUUGGAAGAAAGGAGGAUCUUUGUAAUCAUUGGCAAAGUCGUCAUAACUGUGAAGACUCUUCUAUUUUAUGGACAAUUUUUAGUUUGUUCUCAAAACAGGGAAUUUUUGAACUUUCUAGCAUUGGUGAAUAUUGAGGCUCAGUUCUACAGUGCUGCGUUGAUGAACGUGUGAGGAAUUUGCAGCAGCAAAUACUCAAUGCUAAUGGUUAAAAUGAAUAAGAUGCUUCAGUUCCAUUACACUUUAUACACAGAAAUAAAUCAGUUUAUAUGAAGUAAUCCCAAUCUUGAACAAAAUGGCAAACCAGAUUGAAAGUGUGAUUUCAGUCCCGACUGUGCUUCUAGAUUUUAUGCUAAAACUCUGUAACUGCAGUUCAGUAGAAAAUUUUGAAGGUACAUACACACAACCUGCAUUCCAGAGCAUAGUUAUCUUUAAAACCCCUUUACAUUUUGUUUUCUGAAUUUCAGUCUUUUUGGACACUAAGUUUCUUAGGUGUUACGUUCAGUCCUUGUAAUAGCAGGGAAUUUUGGACUUCAUUGUGAAAAAUCUACAGUUCUUUUUUUUUUUUUUUCCCAAGCCCUUUGAAAACAAGAGUUUCUCACUACCUGUGGAGAUGGAACUCUCAAAGCUUGACUGCUGUAUGAAAAUGAAAAAAAAGUUGUUUUUAAAAAUAGUAAUUUGAGCUUGUUACUGCGGGGAAAUCUGAUGUUCUGCAAUAGAUCACAUGCUUCACUGUGAACUUUAAGCACUUUCCAUGUUCCUCCAGUGGCAGCAGCGCUAUUGCUGAGAACACCUUAAGCAGCACUCUGCCUUUAACACUCUUGAUAUCUCUUUUAUUUUUGUGUAGUUGGCCCAGACAUAGCUGCAAUGGGAAAUUGUUCCUCUGAGUCUAUGAUGCAGGUAAUAAGGUUUUUUUGCUUGUAUUUCCGCAUCUACUGUACAGAUGAAUCCAGAGGCCUUUUCCAGCUGUUCUUUGUGAGCUGAGAAGUCACUGUAUCACUCACUGUUCAACAGAAAUCAGCAUAUCAGAAGGAAGACUGAAAAAUACAUCAGUACUAUUUCUAAACUACUGCUCCAUUCAUUUCUUCUUGUGGUCAAACUGUAAUUGAGGGAUUGGAGUGAUGAAAGAAUCAUUCCUAAAAUGCCUUGCGUGACGUCUCACUGUUUUGCAAAAAAAUUUUAUGAAGAGAUCUAAAAAGUGUUGGGGAUUUCAAGGGGAAUUCCAGAAGCUGUUGGAAUAUUUUGUGUAUGUUUUUUGUUUUUAAACAGUAAAGGCAGCUUUCUGAGCCA